CAGACGGCCAAAGCUAUACUCAACUCGUUUCUGUCCUCCAUUUUCAUCGUGUUUUCACUAUAAUCGGGCAGAAUACAGUUUUGGCAGCAUUGACAGUAGCUCUAGGGCUUCUAUUCGUCUUCUGACACUAUCGCGCUUGACUGUCGGAAGAUCCAAUCCUCAUGGAGGCCACCACGUCAAACUCUCGUACCCAUCGAGGCGGAGCCUUCAAUGGUACAGCAGAACGAGGACGAAGGGGACAUCCUCACGUGUCGAAGAACAAGACCUGGGUUGCAGAAAGCGUGACAGCCACAAGGAACGGGGCAAGCAACUCAAGGCAUCACAGUCCACCAGGAGCCGAGAAGAGGGAGAGGGGUGGAUACAGGGGUGGACGAGCAAGAGGCCGAGGGAGGGGUGGCCGUGAAUCGCACUCGCCAAGGCCGCUCACACCAAAUUCGCAGCUGGAGGACGCAGGCUCUGGCACAGAUGCGGAGACGGGCCACACAGACGGUGAGGCCGAGGAGAACCCAGUCUUUGAUUCUCCUGAAGAGCUAUCAAGCUUUUACCGAGAGCUGCUCAAAGCGCGCGAAGUUGAAAAGCGAAGAGCAAUCGCAGAAGGCAAGAUGAAUGACCCCGCCAUCGCUGUCAGGCUCGAGGACGCAAUAGCCAUGGUUGGAACAUGUAAAGACAUGUGCCCACGGUUCGAGCGGUAUCGACGGGAAAGAGAGAAGAACCUCUUCGAAUGGGAACGCCUUCCGGGAACGUACCAUGUCGACCAUAAGCGAGCCGUCAAGGCGUACGAACGAGCGGCAGGCGACAAGAGCUUGCCAUCCGACUUACGGCCUCCUGAAGUGCUUAAGAAAACACUUGAUUAUCUCUUCCACGAUCUCCAACCUCGGAAGGGAUUCCACCGAACUUUUGAUUUCAUCCGCGACCGCUCCCGUGCCGUUCGAAUAGACUUUGGGAUUCAACGUAGUAACGGCCAAAUCGCCAUGGAAUGCUAUGAACGUUGUGCGCGCUUCUCCAUCGUCGCACUCCACCUCGAACGAGACCAGCCUGGUUUCGUGGCCUACAUGGAAGAACAACAACUGAUGUACACCUUGAUGAGUUUGAAGGAGUUUUACGAAGCUGAUAAUCAAACGUACAAGUCCCCCCAAGAACUGGAAAUGCGGACUUAUCAUCGCCUCAUUCACAUACGUGACCAAGUCGAGCGCAACGAGACAAUUCGACCCGAAAUCAUGAAUCACCCCGUCUUCAUACUUACCACCAGAUUCCGUCAACAAGUCCAGGCUGUUUCUUCGCCUAUCACAAAAACGUCGACGCUCAAGGUCGACGAUGUGGCCAUGGCGAUUUUCGCUGAGUUGGCAAAGGUUCUGGUGGAUCAGGGUAGUCAGUGCAUGGUCUAUCUCGUAGCUUGCAUCCUGGAGUUUUUAUUCGGGAAGGAUACUAUCGAGAAUAUUGAGGGUAUCAGGGAGGGUCUGGAGAUUCAGGAUAUUAUCGACGGUGUUCCGAAUGCCGCCAUGGCCAACGGUGGUGCCUACAUUGAAGAGGGUGAAUAUUCAGCCUCAGCAGGCGAGGAUGAACCCGAAGAGCCCACACAACCUCAGACGAUACAGCCUAGUGCCACGCAAUGGCUCACCAACAACUUCGGCACUGAACCGAGCACCAGUGUAUUCGGUCCUUCUUCCUCGUCUACCUCUGGCCAAUCGACCUCCCUGACUCCCUCUACCGCACCCCGAACCAAUGGCUCGGCCUUCGGGUCUUCGACCAGUGCAUUCGGCGGACCAUCCACUUCGCAACCUGUUGCCCCCGCGUUUUCUGGGUUAGCGGCCUCGACAGGCGGCGCAUUCGGAAAAGGGUUUGGAGGAUCAGGGUCUGCAUUUGGCGGUGGAUCUGCAUUUGGAGCAUCCUCUGGAUCUGCACUCGGAUCGUCAUCUGGCUCUGCGUUUGGCCCGCCAUCAAAGACCAGUGCGUUCGGAGCGAAGUUUGGCCCGUCUUCCACCCCCUCUCCCGACAAUACCAAUGGCACCAAGCCCUCUACACCCUCGGUUUUUGGUUCGACGACAUUUGGCGCACCGGCGCCGUCAGGUUCGACCUCAUCUUCAUCUCCCUUUGGUGGACCGGCUCCUCAACCACAACAGCCAUCGCCGCCGCCAGCGAAACCUCCUUCCAGCGCAUUUGGAGCGACCAAGCCGACUUUUUCACUGGCAUCUGCGCCGCCUCUCGGAUCGACGUCCGAGUCCCCACCGCCCAGUCUCUUCGGAGGCUCGACACUCAAUCCCGCAGCCGCGUCCUUCUCGCCGCCAGCAGUGAAGACGGCGGCGCCCAAGCCACAGACGCCACAGUUCGGCCAUCAACUACAGUCAACGCCACAAACUUCACCUUUCUCCGGGUUCGGCCAACAACCACAAUCCACGCCAGUUUCACAACCCUCACCUUUCUCCGGGUUCGGUCAAACAUCCACCUCAGGCCCUACACCAUCACCCUUUGGUUCAACAUCUACACCAAAUGUGCCGGAGCAGAAAGCAGAACCAUCUCGGUCACCAGUCAAGAAUUCAUCGUUGUUCAGCAUUUCUCCUAGUCCUGCACCUCCCACGACAGCACCCCAACCUCCACAACCGCCGUCUACCUCAACACCCCACCCGAGUCCAUCUCCUUUCGGCUCUAUCAAUAGCACUAACACCAGUAACCCCCCUCUUCCUCGACGCAAGUCCUCUUCCUCCAGACCAACCGUCCCGUCCAUCUCAACCACCAACCUCACAGCCGCGCCACCGCCCAUGCCAUCGCCCGCCACGCCACUCCCCGAGCCACCGCCUUUGAGCAAAAACCACGUCAUCUCUCUGCCUCCAACACCGACCAUGCCAAACUACCAGUCCCCCGUCAGAACGAAGAGCCUCGUCGGGUUGCCCGCGGGUAGUUUCACGCAAGAAGAAGUUUUGAGCCCGUUAAUGUUGAGCGGACCGUCGCUUGCGGGGCAAAAAUCGAUUGUGGGGUCUGGAGCUGGGGCCGGGUCUUUGUUGCUUAGGAGGCCCAGUUUAACGGCGGCGGAGUUGGAGACGCAGAGGCAGUUGCAAUCGCAGGGUCAGGGCCAAGGUGGUCCGUCGACGUCUACACCACCUCCCGUGGCGCCGUCGCCUACGAAAGCGAAACCCAAAACAUCGCCACAAAUCUCCACCUCGACCUUUUCGGCGAAAGUCAAGCUGAAUGGUGAUGGCAAGAAGGCUGCGGACGAUAAAAUUAGGAAGGAGAGAGCUGCUCAAUUUGAUUUUAUGAAGACCGUAAAGCCGAUCUUGAAGCGGUGGAGGGAGAGGGCAGCGGGUCAUUUGAAAUGGGUGAAGGCUGUUGAGAGGAGUGAUGCGUAUAGCAAGAAGGUCAGGGAGCAGAAGUCGAGGGGGGAGAUACAGCAUGUGAAUGGAAAGAAGAGAAGGGAGUCGUCUGGGCAUGAGGACGAGGAAGAUACUCAGUCAGACAGGAGUAGUAGGGCCUCUCGGGAGGAGAAGAGGAAGAUCAGGAGGAGGACUUCGAAGAAGCGUGAGGAACCGAGGUCGGAUGAAAUGCUUGCGGACAGGCUGAGGGAGAACCAUGAACAACACGAACAACGGUGGAAGAGAGGCUCCCUCCUCGACGCUGCUCGAAGUCAUAUCAUCUCGCUCGCUGACGGAUUUCUGUUCGACUACCGGAUAUGGUUGUCUACGAAUCCUGACAACGACGAGACAGCUAUUUGGGUGGAUCGCAAGUUCGACGUUCCAAAAUCUGGGCAAUGGUUCGCGGAUAAUGUGUUUUCGAUACCUCUCAAGGAGGGAGAUUUGGACUCGACCUCGCCGGGUUUGAUAGUCUUCGAGAGAACACCUCAUGAGGGAGCGAAAGAUGCGAUUGAGCGGAAAAUGCGAACGUUGGAGGACUGUGGAAGAUUGCGCGACAUCGUCGAGACUCUUCCGUCGGAUCGACACUUCGUACCAUCUGUCGUGUUUAUCUCCUGGACAGACAUCAAGGAGAAUGUGUUAGAAGACGACCUACUGGCGAUGACACAAAGAUAUGUCGCAGAGAAGAAACUUGAAAGCUAUGGCACGCUCCCUUUGACGGCUAAGACAACCGACGUCGACGAAAAGUUCGUUGCGGUCCUUGCGAGCACGACAUUAGAUCUGUACGGGAAACUGGCGGAGCUUCUAUCGUGGCAAGAUCUCUUAAAAAUCAUGGUUGCACCAUGGAAAGACUUCGCCGCCGACUGGGUCUCGCGAUCUACGAUGGAUCACGAGGUGGACUGGGAUCUGUGUAGUCAGAUCAUGCGUGCCCUCAUCGAGUGUCUAAACACACUCGCGACGUCCAUGUUAAUCCGAUUCGUCCCUGGUAGACCUCCUCAGGCACUCCCGGACUUCCCGCCAAAUGGAAUCGAUUCUUCAGACUCCCUCUAUGAUGCGAUGUCCGAGUAUCUCAGCGAUAUCAAAAUCAAGAAUUUCUCUGAAGACAUCCAGAGAGACCUUCAGUCCCAUCGCUCCUUGGGCAAAGAUUUCCCCAUUCGCGCCUUCGCAGAUCAGCUGUAUACUCUUGCUUUAUCUCGCAUCGAGCUAUGUGUCGGCGCCGACACAUCCCUUAAAUACCCUACUCCCAAGAAUGAGAUCGAGGAUAUUUGGUCCGACACACAGCAGACGAUAGAGGAGACAGCGGACAAGCUGCGUAAGACACUUGCAUUCCACGUCCGACCAAAACGAAGACGCUCCCGCGAAUCAAGCGACAAUGAUAGUGAAUCUUCGCCACACAAGAAGGCGAAGUUUGCCACAGCCGAAACGUCACCGCCUCCCCAAACCAAUGGGUCGAGCCCCCCAAACAAUGGCCAUCCGGUUCCGUCGCCCAGCGUUUCGCCCUCCGCGUCCAGCUCGACCGUCAAUGGCUCUUCGUCUGACUUGAUAACACCUGCGAUGUUGAUGCAGCGGGCUAGGGCUGCCUUGAAGAAAUAUGGGUCUUGAAUCUCUCCCCUUUCUAUUCAUCUGGACGCGAUCUCUUAUUACCUAGCAUAUCUGUGGUUUGAUGUUGUCUGUUAUCGUGUUUACUGUAUUUAUUUCAAUUUUUUGUGCACUUAUCUACUCCUUCUGUGUUACUGGCUGGC